UCCCUGUCUGCGGUUCGAGGUUUUUCGUGGCGCGCGGGAGGCUCGGAAGCCCGGCGCGGCGGAGACGCAGCAGCACGAACUCCUCAUGUUCCACCAGGUGUUUGAAAACGAACAGGCCUGGCAAGACUUCCAGACCAAUUCCCAAGCCUGGAAAGACUACCAGACGGCAUUGGGGAGACAAGACUUCAAACAAAUUAUUGUCCAGGAAGAGAACAACGGAGACUCUUUUUUCGAAGGCUCGGAUUUUUUUCUCUACCGAAGCACUGCGGCAUUUGCCCGGGACGAAGUGAAACAGUGGCAAACAAAGGUGCGGGACAGCGAGGUGGUUUCAGACACUGGUGUGUUGGAGUUUCAAAUCGCGGUGCUGGAUCAUCAACAACCUUACGCCGGCACCGAACAAGACGAUCGUCUUAUUGCACUCAAAGCUGCAGCGGCGUCGUGCGUUGAGGCGCGAGUCAAAAUGGAAGACCUUCACGUCCCCGCACUGCAGGAAGCGUGCGCAGAUUCCGCCGGGUGUCUCUACUUCGACGCUUUUCGAAAUUACGUCGAGACCACCACACCUGCAGCAUCGCCCUCAGCAGGACGAGCGGCAGCUCCAGUAGUUUCCUUAUCUUCCACUCCAAAGUCGCAAUCGCUCCAGAACUACACCUACUCGCUGCAAUUCGCCUUCCAAGACGCGCUUGCGCGGACGACCUUCUAUGGCGUGCUCAACUGUUACAUUCUCAAAUGUUGCAUGGGUUUGUGAUGCAAGAAUGGCAAAAGUCAAAGCAGGGAGGUUGCACCUGUAGCGUCACAAUUUCCGCACAGAUUUAGGUGCUGUUUAGCCUUUCCAAAAUUUGUCAUGCGAAGUAGCUUCACCCUGUGAAUGUUGAUGCUCGUUUUGCAUUACAAAUCAUGUAACAGUUGAGAAUGUAACGUUUGAGAACGCCAUACCUUCCAGAGCGCAAUCGCGUUCACUUCCUACCAGAAAUUCGUCGACGAAACCUUUGCCGCACUACCCACCUAUCAAAUGUAAAAAUGUCUGGGUCUGGAAAAAUGCAACCUGUGAUGCUGCGUCUGCAUUAUCCAAAAAUCUCUAUUGCAUGAACAGCAAAAGGGGUCUGGUUUUGGCCACGGCGAGAGGGCAUUUCUCAUGCGGUAUAGGCACCAGAAAGCCCUCACAAGAUCUGUGAUGCUAGGGCAUGCAUCGCAGACAUCAGGAGUCACGCAGAAUGUGCAUGACAAACCUUGCAUCCUUCCAGACCCAGACACUUUUGCAUUUGAUACGACCUGCCUCAAGUUCCCAGCGGACGGGCCAACUCUCGGGAAAAUCGACCCGGUACCCAGGCGCGAAUUCGGGAUUUUGAAUUUACCGACACUGUUCAGCGUGACCAAUAAACUGCAGUUCAAGCCCGACGCGGACUACGACAAGCUGAGCGCGGCGAUAGAAGAUCUAACAAAAAACCUGUUCCCCGCGGUGCGGAAAGCUUGCGAGAAGGAAGUUCCGCCUUUUCCCCGCGGUGCGGAAAGCCUGCUGUGUGAACGCUACAACGUGUUUGAGAGACAAGUGGACGUUGUUUCUACGGGGGAAGGUAAGAGUACAACAUCAAGUCCUAUCAAGGCCGUGCAGUUUCUUACGCAGGAACUGUACCCCGACCGGUAUGCGUACACACAACUGAUGCUGCAAGACGACGCGCUGAAGCAAUUGCAAGCAGCCGUGGCACGGUACAAAGCUGAUGGCUUAGUGGAGGAGGAGUCCAUCAGUAAAACCGCAGAUCAAAGCAAUCUUCUCGCCCUGCAAGCCGGGGACUUCGCGCGACUAAACGGCCAAACCGACGCCGACCUGCGCAGCCAAAGCCCGCCCGUCGGCGGCCUGCAGACCGCACGGGCGCUGUUUGAUAAAACGACCGCACAGGACGUUGACCCCAAUGCUGCCACCUGGGGAAAGGUCGAAACUCUGCGGUUUACGGAUGACGCGGUGGAGAACCGGGCGGAUGAUGUGGCAGCAGCGGUGAAGGAGC